ACGCUAUGCGAUUUCAAUCAAAGAGGUGUCAGUUAUCGCCUUAUCCGGGGGAGGGAGAGCAAAAAUGGCAGCAGGGAUUGCAAUGGGAAUUGCAGUAGUAAGACCACAAGUAUUGCCUGCAGUAAGAAUAGGAGUAAAUCUGAAUCGGAAAAAUGCUAAAUGGGCAUUCUUCAGUCAGUCGGCAUCCUCUUCCUACUCUUCAUCUUCAUCGGCAGUGCCAAGAACACUCAUAAUGUAUUCCAAGCCCGGAUGCUGUUUGUGCGAUGGCCUCAAAGAAAAGCUUGAUGCUGCCUUCGCUCUUUCUGGUCAAAAUUCCCUCCACGACGUCCAAUUACAGAUAAGAGAUAUUACAAGUAAUCCUGAUUGGGAGAGGCUUUACCAGUAUGAGAUACCGGUAUUGGCAAGAAUCCAUGAUGAUGGCACUGAGGAGACACUUCCGAGAUUAUCUCCUCGCCUUGGAGUUGAGCUUAUCCAGAAGAAGAUUGCCGCGGCAUUUUGGCAAUAAACUGUCUUGAGCAAUGGGUUAGUCUUGUUAAAUUUUGUAGGAGAGUUGGAUGGGGAAUGGAUAGUGAAUGCUUUACUGCUUACAACUGUCCUUAUAAACAUAAUCAGCAUAUUAUAUGUUAUGGUUAAAUGUGAAUAAAAGAAAAAACUGCGUUUCUACUCAACUGUCCUCGAACAAAUAUGUGCAUAUCACAAACCGUGUUCCAAGUUUUGAGUACAUGACCGAUUUUUGCAAAUCGCGUUCUAAGUUUCGAGUACAUGAUUGUUGUUUGAAUACUGGUGUAAUAUUUGCAGAGGACUUUGCUUAUCAAUAUCAUUUUCUUAUUCUUCUGGU